AUGGCUUCUGUUGCCUCUAAUCCAAAGGAUUUUGAAGAAGAUGUUAAAAAAGCACGUGAAUAUUAUAUGUACGGAGAUUAUAGUAAAGGUGUAACAUUUUAUAAAUUAGCUAUUGAUAAACUUCGACGCUAUUGUCAAACAUUAUUCGACAAUACUGAGAAAAAACGUGGCAGUGAAUGUCUAGCAGAACUUGAGCGAGAACUUCAAUCAACAAUAGAACAUGAACGAAUGAUUAAUGAAAUUCACGAGAAUUUAUUAGGAAAAUAUAUUGGUGGUGGACGACCUGUUAGUAGUGAUGUUUAUAAUGAUUUAAAUGAUGUAGAUAAUCUUUAUAACGCAGUUAUUGAUGAACGUCCAACGCGUGAUUUAGGUUUUAAUAAUAAUCGAAAUCCUCCAUAUGGUGCCACUCCAUUUCAAAUGCCAGCUGCACGUUUUCAAGAACCUCGUCGUGAUGUACGAUCAGCAAAUAAUAAUAUAAAAGCUAGAAAAGUUACAUCAAAUGUUCCUGAUAAUAAACAAAAACAACAUGAUAAUAAACGUGUUAAUAAUCAACCAAAUAGUGGAGAGAAAAAAUAUCAACCAACGAAUGCAGAAAAAGAUUUAGUUGAAGGAUUAGAACGUGAUAUUGUUCAAAAAGAUCCAAAUGUUCGAUGGUCGGAUGUUGCAGGUUGUGUUGCAGCAAAAAAAUUAUUACAAGAAGCUGUUGUCUUACCACUUUAUAUGCCAGAUUUUUUUCGAGGCAUUCGUCGACCAUGGAAGGGUAUACUUCUAUUUGGUCCACCGGGUACAGGAAAAACCAUGUUAGCUAAAGCAGUAGCAACAGAAUGUAAAACAACAUUUUUUAAUGUUGCUGCUGCAAAUUUAACAUCAAAAUAUCAUGGUGAAGGUGAAAAAUUAGUUCGUUUACUUUUUGAAUUAGCUAAAUUUUAUGCACCAUCAACGGUAUUUAUUGAUGAAAUUGAUUCAUUAUGUUCAUCACGUGGUCAAACAAAUGAACAUGAAGCUAGCCGACGUGCUAAAUCCGAAUUACUUAUUCAAAUGGAUGGAGUAUCAGGUGCACUUGGAAGUGAUGAUCCAUCAAAAAUGGUUAUGGUACUUGGUGCAACAAAUCAUCCAUGGGACCUUGAUGAUGCUAUGCGUAGACGAUUAGAAAAACGUAUUUAUAUUCCAUUACCAGAUCUUGAUACACGAAAGCAAUUACUUGAAAUAAAUUUAAAAGAAGUUCCACUUGAUACAGGUGUUGAUUUAAAUUUAAUAGCUGAAAAACUUGAAGGAUAUUCUGGAUCAGAUAUAACAAGUGUUUGUCGAGAUGCAGCAAUGAUGCAAAUGCGUCGUGUAACUGAAAAUUUAAGUAUGACUGAAAUACAAAAUAUAGCUCAAAAUUUAAAAGAACAAUUACAAUUACCAACAAAAAUGGAAGAUUUUACAAAUGCUAUUUCGAAAAUUUCAUCAUCUGUUUCAAAAGAAAUGCUUGAAAAAUAUGAUAAAUGGAUGAAAGAUUUUGCUGAUCCUACCGAUUUUGAUUUGCAAUGUCCAACACCUCGUCGUUUAUUAUCAGUUGGCUCAUUAAAAUCACCAUUAGUAGAAAAGAAAUCUUCUGAUAGUUCUUCAGCUUCAAAAUCAUCAUCACCACCAAAAUAUGCUCGUUCAAUUGAUUCACAUGGUCUGACAGUUUAUAUUCGACCACAAACACCAAAAUCAUUUGGUCACAAAACUCCUUCAUAUAGUCAUUUGCUUAAACCAAAAUUGCGUACAAAUAAAGAAACCUCAAAAUUACUUCGGAAUAAACAAACACCAAAACCACAUACAACCAAACAAAAAUCAAAAUUAAAACUAUCAAAAAAGGGAAAACAACGGUUGAAAAAGAAAAAUUCUACAAAACAUAAAUCAUCAAUCAAUACUAAAAGUAAAGAAUUAGUAACUAUUAAUCAUGAUAAACUUCAUCAAUAUCAAACAUUAUUUCAUAUUGAUUCAACACCAAAAAAUGAUAAAAAUAUUAAAAAAUCAAACAAAUCUAAAUCAAAUAAACCAGCAAUAGUAUCUAAAAUCAAAAAUACUACAAGUAAUAUUAAAAUUACAAAGAAUAUUACAGAAAACCUACCUAAUAGAACUACACCUUUACCUAUAAAUGAUAAAAAAGCAAAAAUUACAAAAAGAGAUAAUAAAAUUAAUACGGAUGAGAAGAAAAAAACCAAAAAAAUAUCAAUCAAUAAAACGAGUGAGAAUAUAUCUCUCACUCCAUCUGUUAAUGAUAAACCAACCUCAACUUCAUCACCUUCUCCUUUGCCAUCAACGAUAGAUACAAAAUCUCAAGAAAAAAAACCAGAAACAAUCAAUAUUAUAAAUGAAACAGUUGAGCCAUCAAGUACACAUGAUGAUGAAAAUACAUCAGUUAUUGGUCGUGCUUAUCAUUUUGUUAAAAAUAUGUUUCAAUUAUCAGAUGAUUUUCUUAGUGAUAAUUAUUCUCAAGAAAAUCAUAUAGCCGAUAUGACAAGCGAACAUCAACAAUAUCACUCUCGUAAAUUACUUUCAACUGAUGAUGAUAACAUAUCAAUGAUUAUGAAUAAUGAUAUAAAUGAUAAUGAAUAUGACCUUUAUUCAAAUGAUGAAGCACUUGAUAUGGCAACUGAUGAAUUUUCAUUUGUUGUAACAAGUAUAUCAAAACGUCAAUUACUUUCUGUCAAAAGAAAGAAACACUUGAAAGUAUCAAAAUUUAAUAAUGAAAAAGAAAAAAAACCAGAAUCAAUAACUGAUGUUAAUGCAAAUAAACCUAAAGUUGGUUGGGCUUAUCGUUAUCGAAUUUCACGUUAUCGUGAUGCUCAAAAACUUAAACAAGUUAAAAAUAAAAAUAAAAUAAUAGGAGAAGGAAAACAUAAACAACAUUCCCAACAACGACAAUCAAAUUCAAAACAAAAUCGUAAAAAAACAGAUUCUUCACGUAGUAGAAAACUUUCAAAACGAAAACUUCUUAAACGUAAUAAUAAUGACGAUUCAAGUUGGGAUAAAGAUAAAAUGUAA